AUGUUUAAAGAAGAUUUAAAAAAUGUCAUCAGAUAUAUUGAUUUAGAUAAAGAGGCUCUUAAAUCUCUAAUUGGAAAUAAAGUGAUUGAUUUAAAUUAUAAAUAUAGAAAAAUAUCAUUAAGUGAAUCUUUCAUAGAAGAAAAAGAUAUCAAUUACAAUCUAAAUAAAAUUAGAUUAGGCUUCUUCAAAUGUUUAAAAAGUUCUGAGGUAUGUAUUUUAUUUAGAUUUCUUAAAAGAGUGAAAUAAUGUAAUUGCUUAAUAGUUGAUAUUUCUUAUAACGAGCUUUCAUCUAACAACAUAUUAGAACUUGCUUCAGCUAUUAGUCAUAUUUAAAAUUUAAAUGAACUUUAAAUUGGACUUGGAUUAAAUUAAAUUAAUGAUUAUUCAGGGCUGCAAAAGUUGUUUGAUUCAUUAUUAGGUUUUCCUAAAUUGUAAUCUUUAUCUUUACUUUUGUAUUAUAUGAACAUUAAAAAUGAGCAAGUCUAGUACUUAAGCUCAAAAUUAAAGUAAUUAUCAAAUAUUACUUAAUUAGAUAUCAGAUUUAACUAUAAUACACUAACAGAUGAGAGUCUCAUAACUCUUUCCUAAGCUAUUUCCUAACUAAAUUAGCUUUAAUAACUAUUUUUAGGUUAUUGGAAUAAUGAUUUGAGUGAUGCAGGAUUCUCUGCUCUAUUUGAGAAUCUUUUUGAGAGCUCUUAAAAAUUAACUGAAGUAGUUUUAUAAUUAAAAGUUAAUUAGAAUAAAAUCAGAGAUAAUAGUUUGAUUUUAUAAAACAAAAAUUAAGCUUUGAAAAAGUUACAUGUAUAAAUUUAAAAUAGCAAUCUCAAAUACUUCUUUAUAUUAUAGGAUUUACCUUAAAUAGAAGAUUUAUUGAUUGAAUUUGAGCAAACUGAGUUAUCUGAAUUGGCUUUUUAACAAGUAUCGUCUAUGAUAAGUUAUUGCAGCAAAAGUAACUGCUUUAAUAAAUUAAAAUUGUUCAUUCCUUUGAAAAGUUAAUAUAUCAAUUAAUUCUCAAAGUCAUUGUCUCUUUGCAAUCAAUUAUAAAUAUUAAACUUAAAAUGUACUCAAUAAACUGGAAUGAAAGAAUUUUUAGAAUAAUUUUCAGUUAAGGAUUUUACUCAAUUAAAUUUAAAAGAAUUAGAACUCGUUUUAGGUUGCCAUUUUAAUAAUGAAUUGAUAUCUUUCCUAUGCUAAUUAUUAUCUACUUAAUAAAAUCUAAUAAACUUAAAUUUAUAGCUUAUAAAUGAUAAAGCAAAUGAUAUUAUUGUUUUUGAAAUGAAGUGUUUAUUUGAUUAUUUACAAAAUCUUAAAUAAUUGAAAAUUCUUUCUCUUUAAAUUGAAUAAUUUAAUCAAUUACCAAAUUCUGGCUAAAUUAUUGGAAAUAGCAUUUCUUAAAUUAAAACUCUAGAAUAAUUGGAAAUAAAUUUUUCAAACAAUAAAUUUAAUGAAAUAGGAGUGAAGGCUAUAAUAGAUAGCUUAUCUGCUUUGAAAGAUCUACAAAAAUUAAAGAUAAAAUUAUCCAAUAAUCCUAUUAAGAUUGAAGAGUUAGGUAGAGCAACAUAAGGACUUUCGUAGCUUGACAAUUUAAAGAGGUUAUUUUUUAUCAUAGAUUUAAAUGAAUCAUAUGAUUAACAUGAUAUAUUAUUUGAUUUAUCUAAUAACUUAAAGAAAAAUAUCAAACUUCAAUAUUUACAAAUAAACUUAUUUGGUUUUGAGUUUCCUAAUACUUAGGCUCUCAGAGCUAUUAAAAAAAUAAUAAAUUUAGUAGAAUAUAUCAUAUUAUUUUGA